CGAGGGUAUGUUGAGGAGUGUCAAAAUAAAAGGCUCCUUGGCAUACCAUUUUCCUGCCUUUUCUCUUUUUUCCUUUUAUCUUUAUAGCCAACUUUAUUUUUCUCUUCUUUUUUCUCAUUUCACAAUUCAUAAGCACAAAUACUUCAUCUCAUUUAAACAACAAAAUCAUUUUUAACAUUCAUGUCGUUCAAACUCUCGGCAGUGAUAAGCGGGCACACGUCAGAUGUGCGCGGUCUAGCCACGCAAGGCAGCAAUAUGAUAGUUUCGGUAUCGCGGGACAAAACCGGGCGCAUCUCAACGCGGCUCUCCGGCAACGAGUUCACGGAAGAGGCGCUUCUUCUUGGGCAUACGGGGUUCGUUAACAGCACUACGGUCCUCUCAUGUAUCACCUCAGCAACGCCCCACGGGCUGAUUGCAACAGGAGGCAGUGACAAAGUCAUUUACCUGUGGGAUCCGGCGUCGCCCUCGGAGCCCCAGGGCAAGCUCGAGGGGCAUACAGAUAAUGUCUGCGCGUUGGCGGCGUCCUCGGAUGGGCUGACGCUGGUGUCAGGGUCGUGGGAUAAGACUGCGCGGGUGUGGGUGGAUGGCCGGUGUCAAUAUGUAUUGCGCGACCAUGAGCACGCCGUCUGGUGCGUGGUGGUGUUGCAGGAUGGGUCGGUGCUAACGGGGUCGGCAGAUAAGGUCAUCAGGCUGUGGCGCGACGGCCAGAUGGUGCAAAGGUACGAGGGACAUACAGACUGCGUGCGCGCCCUUGUGGAAAUUCCCGGAGGGGGAUUUGCGUCGGCAGGGAAUGACAGCUCGGUGCGCGUGUGGUCCUUGGACGGCACGUGCGAGGCGGAGAUGUACGGGCAUACUUCGUUUGUCUACUCGCUCAGCGCACUGCCGGACGGUGGUCUGGUAUCCGGAGGCGAGGAUAGGUCGGUGAGGGUGUGGCGCGGCGGCAAGAUGGUGCAGGCAAUUAUGGUUCCGGCUACGUCCGUGUGGGCGGUGGCUGUGUUAGAGAACGGAGACGUGGCGUGCGGGACGAGUGACGGCGUUGUCCGGGUGUUCUCCACGGAUCCAGCCCGGGCUGCGUCGGCCGAGAACUUGACAGUGUUUGAGGCGGCCAACGCGUCAUUCGCUAUGAGCAAGAAGACCAUGGGGAAUAUCGAUACGAGUAAGCUACCGGGCCCAGAGCGGCUGGAGCAGCCAGGCAACAAGGACCAGCAGGUUAUCAUGGUCAAGACCAGCGGCAGCUCCGUUGAGGCCUACCAGUGGGACCAGGGCCAGUGGAAUAAAGUUGGGGAGGUUGUGGAUGCUAUUGGGCAGACGCAGAAGCAGUUGUUUGACGGUAAGGAGUACGACUAUGUCUUUGACGUGGAUAUCCAAGAGGGCAUGCCGCCGCUGAAGCUGCCAUUUAAUGUUACGGAGAACCCGUAUAUGGCGGCGCAGAAAUUCUUGGAACGCAAUGAGUUGAGCCUGGACCAGCUCGACACGGUUGCGAAUUUUAUUAUUAAGAACACUGACGGGGUGCAGCUUGGCAGUGAGCCAGCGUUUGGCGAUCCGUUCACAGGUAGCAGUCGCUAUGUGCCUGGCGGCGGACAGUCAGCGGCGACACAGACGUCUGCCAGGUAUGCUGAUCCGUUUACUGGCGGGAACCGGUAUGUGCCUGGGGGACAAGCGGCGGUGGCCGCGCAGGGGUAUGCGCCGCCUAGCGAGUUUGUGAUUAAUCGACAGGGAAAUGUCGCAGGGAUUAUGAAGAAAUUGGGCGAGUUUAAUGCCGAGGUUGGUGCGGAUCUGGCACUGAACGAGAUGCAGAUCCAGGGUAUCCAAGCGGUGGCGGUGGCGGCAGCAGCUGGCUCUGCGCCCGGGGGUAUUUCCACUCUUGAAUUUGACUCCCUGUUGCGCGCGGCCACGCAGUGGCCCGAGGACAAGCGGUUCCCAGCGCUUGACCUUAUUCGACUCAUUGUGGGCUCCUCUUCGCCGGACUUGACAUUGGCGCUGUUGCAGUGGUUUAGCCAACAGCAAACCGGGUUCAUCGAUACGAUCGGCGAAGCCACGGGCUUUUUCCGUCUUCUGGGCAGCUCUGUUGGAUCACCUAGGCUCCAGGGAGGACUGAGCAAGUCGGACGAGAUCAACCUAAUGAUGUGCGCGCGCGCCUACGCCAACGGCUUCUCAACGGCUCCCGGAGCCGAUCUUCUCUACCAGUCGCGCAAGCGUAUACUGGAUGCGCUGGACAACUCCUGGAUCACAGUAUCGAACAAGAACUUGGUCAGUGCGUUGGCCAUAAUGUACUUGAACUACGCUGUGAUGGUGGCUCAGCGCGGGAGCGAUGAUGAUGGGCUUAGGGUGUUGUCAGCGGCGGCGCGGUUCCUUGAGUGCACGGAUAAUGCGGAUGCGCAGGUGCAGCUUUUGGGGGUGUUCGGAGUGCUUGCGAAGAAGUUCCAGUUGUGUCGGGAUAGUGCAAGGGUUUUGGGCGAUGAGCGCGUUGUUGUGCUAGGGAUCCAGGGAGCGACAGAUGCGGUGCGGAGGGCUGCGAAGGAGCUGGGCAGCUUUUUGUCGACUUGAAAAUCUCGUAUAUUCUUGCAUAUUUAAUAUUUCCAAAAAGUAUCAUCUCGAACA